AUGAUCCGCCACGCACUUGUCCUCACCAGCGCCUGGAUGCUAUGGCGCCUCGUCCGCAAGUUGACACACAAGUCCCCGCUGGACAACAUACCGGGCCCGAGGUCGCAGUCGGUCCUCACCGGGAAUCUGCAGCAGCUUGCGGAUAGGCAAGGGUGGGACUUCCACGACGAGCUCGCCGAGCAAUAUGGUUCGGUGGUCAAGAUCAAUGGCCUUCUGGGAACACCGUGGCUAUAUGUGUUUGACCCCGUCGCGCUACAGCACAUUUUGCGUGACCAGCAAAGCUACGAAGAGCUUCCGUGGUACACCGAUAGCAACACCAUGAUUCUAGGCCCUGGCAUCUUGGCGGUCGCGGGUGAUGUUCAUCGUAAACAACGCAGAAUAUUGAAACCUGCAUUCUCCACGAGCCACCUUCGGGAGCGGUCCCGUAUUUUACCAAAUAACGGGGAAGGUUUGUUUCGGCUCCCUUCACUUUAUAGUCUGGUACAUGCGAUAUCCUCGCGAAUCAACGAAGAAAACACCGAAGUAGACAUGAUGAGUUGGAUGGGUCGUAUGGCUCUCGAACUCAUCGGCCAAGUGGCGUUUGGACACUCCUUUGACCCGCUUACGGAAGACAUUGCCGAUCCAUACACUGAAGCCGUGAAAGCUUUUGCCCCAGAAACAACAGCCCCGGUGAUGAUACUUUUCCGGCAAUUUGCACCGUUGGCAAAAGCUCUCGGUCCCGUCUGGCUACGAAGGGCGUUAGUUCAGCUGGUACCCGUGAGUUGCAUCAAGAAAGUCGUGGGGAUCGCGGAUGCGCUGCACCUCCGAUCGAGCGAGAUCUUCUCCGCGAGGAAGGCUGCUCUCGAGGCGCACCAAGAAGAUGGCAAGGACAUCAUGAGUAUUCUAUUAAAAGCUAACAUGAAGGCGUCGGACCGUGAUCAGCUCCCGGACGACCAGUUGCUUGGGCAAAUGUCGUCGAUUCUCUUUGCCGGGAUGGACACAACCUCGAAUGCGCUUUCCCGUGUUCUGGAUCUCCUCUCGAAGAACUUAGACGUCCAAGAGAAGCUCCGCCACGAAGUGCUGGGUGCUCGUGCCAACGGCCCUCUCGAUUUUGACCAGAUACACGCCCUCUCAUACCUCGAUGCAAUAUGCAAAGAGACUUUGCGGCUAUACCCUCCCGCUCCGCAGACCUUUCGGGGAGUCCCGCCCAGCGCCAUGAAAGACGCGAUUCUUCCGCUUUCCAGACCGCUACAAACUACCAAUGGAACAGCGAUCACCUCCCUCGUCGUCCCGCGCGGCACAAACAUCGUCGUCGGCAUCCGCGCGAGCAACCUGCAGACAUCAGUCUGGGGCCCGGACGCGCUAGAAUGGCGACCGGAGCGCUGGCUCGCACCGCUUCCCGGCUCCGUCGAAGAGGCGGGCGUUCCUGGCGUGUAUUCCCAUAUGAUGACGUUCCUGGGCGGUGCACGGUCCUGCGUAGGCCUCCAAUUCGCCCUCCUUGAGAUGAAGAUCGUCCUCAUCGAGCUCCUCGCCAACUUCGCGUUCGAACCCUCGUCCACCCGCCCCGUCGUCUGGAAUCUCUCCGGGGUCGCAUACCCGAGCACGUCCGUCGAGAGCACUAAGUCCGAGCUCUGGCUGCGCGUCCGCCGCCUCUCCGUCUCGUGA